GUUGGACUGCUAGAAGUUGUAGGCAGUGGACAGCAGGGUGUAGGCUAUCGGAACAUUUUAUUCUAUCCUUAGGAGGAAUGAGUGACAGAUCUGAUACAAGCGUUCGAGGAAAGAGCGAUAAGGAGCUGAACAAGGAGAGAACAAAUGGUCAGUUACCUAAAGAUUUCUAAUGAAUACUGCAAGUGUGGUCGUCUGUGCAAGUGUGAGUCAAUCAUGGUGGCGUGCAAAGGCGUCUGGACACAGCCCUUCUGGAAAGCAGUGGUUGGCGAGUUUCUGGCUAUGCUAAUAUUUGUCCUUUUAAGUCUUGGUUCAACUAUUAACUGGAGUCCAAAGGAAAAUCGUCAACCAGCAGAUCUGGUCCUUAUUUCACUCUGCUUUGGACUCAGCAUUGCAACCCUAGUACAAUGUUUUGGACAUAUCAGUGGAGGCCAUAUUAAUCCAGCUGUCACUAUUGCGAUGGUGUGCAUGAGGAAGAUCACCAUUGCAAAGGCAGUCUUUUAUAUUGUGGCACAAUGCGUGGGUGCCAUUGCUGGAGCAGGAAUUCUCUACCUGGUUACUCCAUCAGACGUUUCUGGCCUCUUAGGUGUUACCAAGGUGAAUGAAAUGCUUUCCCCUGGUCAUGGCCUCCUUGUGGAACUGGUAAUAACCUUCCAGUUGCUGUUCACAAUUUGCGCAAGCUGUGAUUCAAAACGUAAUGACAUCACUGGGGCUGUAGCAUUAGCCAUUGGAUUUUCUGUGGCUAUAGGACAUUUAUUUGCUAUCAAUUAUACAGGAGCCAGCAUGAACCCAGCUAGAUCCUUUGGACCAGCUGUCAUUAUGAACAUAUGGGAACACCAUUGGGUGUACUGGGUUGGACCAGUGGUAGGCGCAGUUUUGGCAGGAGUCCUGUAUGAAUAUGUGUUCUGUCCAGAUGUUGAACUCAAGAACCGUUUAAAGGAGGUCUUAAAUAAGGCAACUCAACCAUCCAAAGGGAAGUACAGUGAAGUAGAAGAAAGUAAAAGUCAGAUAGAAUCCGAUGACUUGCUUCUGAAACCUGGGAUUGUUCAUGUUUUCGAAGAGAAAAAAGGAAAGGAAACCUCCGGUGAUGUAUUAUCUUCUGUAUGACUAGAGGCGGAAGCCAGAGAAAAGCCAUCGAAACCAUCACCAACAUUUUUCUCAAUCAUGGAAACCGAUAUAUUAUAAAGCAGCUGUAUAAUCCACAAAUAUGUACUUACAUCAUUCAGUUAAUAGUAUCUCCCAAGCUUGAAUCCACCACAGUGUAAAACUAUCACUAUAUAAGAUGUGCACCUAAUCUUUGGGCACUGUCCUCUUGGCAAAUCUGAGGUAAAUAAGAGUGAUGCUUAAUUUAACAAGAAGUCAAUAUUGAGCCUGAAAUCUGCCCGUUUAGCAUCUAGAUUGACAGUGCACAUUAGUUUAAAGUACCCACCGGCAAAUUCAAACGAAUGGUUUUUCCUCUGGCACAUAAUUGGUUGUUGUCAACGCUGAUUAAGAUGUCCCCCUAUUAAAUCACUAUCUGGAGAGCAGCAUAUGCA